AGCAGGACGUGUGCUACUGACUCCGGCUCCAAGGCAAUCUCCCAAGAAGAAGGAUGGCCAGUGCCUUCUCUCGGUUUCUAACUGGUCGAAGCGCCUCCCUGCUCUUAGCUACUGUUGGCACUGGUGCCUUAACUGGUAGCUACCUGCUGAAUCAGCAGAGUGUGAGCGCUCAUGCUCAGGAAAGGACCCGGCUCUUUCCUGCAAGCGCUGACUAUCCUGACCUACGCAAGCAUAACAACUGCAUGGCUGAGUGUCUCACCCCAGCCAUCUAUGCUAGGCUGCGGGACAAGAUGACACCCAACGGCUACACCCUGGACCAGUGUAUCCAGACUGGUGUGGACAACCCUGGCCAUCCCUUCAUUAAAACUGUAGGCAUGGUGGCUGGCGAUGAGGAGUCUUAUGAGGUUUUUGCAGAGCUUUUUGACCCAGUCAUUAAGCUAAGGCACAAUGGCUAUGACCCAACAGUGAUGAAGCACCAUACUGACCUGGAUGCAUCCAAGAUCACCCAGGGGCAGUUUGACGAGCACUACGUUCUGUCAUCCCGAGUCCGCACAGGACGCAGUAUCCGUGGACUUAGCCUGCCUCCAGCCUGCUCCCGGGCGGAGAGGAGAGAGGUAGAGAGUGUCGCUAUCGCCGCCCUGGAAGGGCUCAAGGGAGACCUGGCUGGGAAGUACUACAAGCUGACUGAAAUGACUGAGCAGGAACAGCAACAGCUCAUUGAUGAUCACUUUCUAUUCGAUAAGCCAGUAUCUCCAUUGCUAACAUGUGCAGGGAUGGCCCGAGACUGGCCAGAUGCCAGGGGAAUCUGGCACAAUUAUGAUAAGACCUUUCUCAUCUGGAUUAAUGAGGAAGAUCACACCAGGGUAAUCUCUAUGGAAAAAGGAGGAAAUAUGAAGAGAGUAUUUGAGCGAUUCUGUCGUGGAUUAAAAGAGGUGGAAAGAUUAAUCAAAGGUCGAGGCUGGGAGUUCAUGUGGAAUGAACGCCUAGGGUAUGUCCUGACCUGUCCUUCCAACCUUGGAACCGGAUUACGAGCUGGUGUCCAUGUGAGAAUCCCAAAGCUCAGUAAGGAUCCCCGUUUUCCUAAGAUCCUGGAGAAUCUGAGGCUACAGAAGCGUGGAACAGGUGGUGUGGACACUGCAGCGGUUGCAGACGUGUAUGAUAUCUCUAACGUAGAUCGCAUCGGUCGAUCAGAGGUUGAGCUUGUCCAGAUCGUCAUUGAUGGAGUCAAUUACCUGGUGGAUUGUGAAAAGAAGCUGGAGAAAGGCCAGGACAUCAAAGUGCCACCCCCUCUCCCCCAGUUUGGCAGGAAGUGAUUUUUCCCUUUCCCCAUCCCUGCCCCUUACUCUGUCUGCUGGUAUGACAGAAAUAAAACGUAAAUAAAUCUCUAGACUGAGAGUUGCUGUAGCCAUAGCAAAUGUACAAAUGUAGGUAUU